GCGUCGGGAGCGCGCGGCGGCAGCAGAACCAGCCCUGUCAAAUCACAACGGAGGAGAAAAAUCCCUCCGAGGACCUUUUUUAAACUUUACUUCACUUUGAACGCGUGAAACGUGCGGGGCUCUGCGGUGAACCGACGCGGGAGUAAGCGGCCGUCGGGAAUACUGAAAGUUACGGUAGUUGACUUGCGUCUUUACGGACGUUUGGAGGAGUUGAAGAAAACAAAAGUAGUUUUACGCACCAGGCGGAGAAGGAGACGGGUUGUCUGCCUCGUUCUCCGGCUUCUUUCCCCGCAGCCUCUUUACUCCGGGUCGCGUGUCGUCGAGGGGGUUUUCUCUCUUCCUCGGCCCGGACGUGGAGACCCUGACGACCCGGGACCCAGCCGCUGGUGCCCUCGGCGGCUCGGACGCCACCAUGCUGCCGAGCACGGCGCUUUACGCGGCCAAGAAGCGAAAGAAGCCCGUUCAGAAAAUCCCCAAACCUCCACCUCCCGAUGGCAUCAAGUCCAACCCGUCCAAACGCCACCGGGACCGGCUCAACGGCGAGCUGGACAAGCUCACCAGCCUGCUGCCCUUCACCGAGGAGGUCAGGGCUCGGCUGGACAAGCUGUCCGUCCUGCGCCUCAGCGUCGGCUACCUGAAGGUCAAGAGCUUCUUCAAUGCCACCAUGAAGAAAAGCAAGGGCGGCUCCAGCUGGACGAGCGACGGGAACCUGAUGCUUGGGGGCAAAGUCCAGAACGCGCUGACUCCCAUCUCCACGACCAUCUCCUCCUCCUCCUCCUCCUCUUCCUCCUCCAUGCCCUUCUGCUCCCAGAUGACCUCCAUGGACGGAGUCAGCUUCUCUGAGGGCGACCUGCUGCUCCAGGCGCUGAGCGGCUUCGUGCUGGUGGUGACGGCUGAAGGUUACGUCUUCUACAUGUCCCCGACCAUCCAGGACUUCCUCGGCUUCCACCAGUCGGACGUGGUCCAUCAGAGCGUCUUCGAGUUGAUCCACACCGAUGACCGAGCCCUGUUCAGACGACAGCUCCACUUCGCCCUCAAGCCCAACGCCAGCCAAUCAGACAGCAGCGCAGACAGUCCCGGUGAGAACUCUGCAGAGAUCACCACCGGCGUGAUGAACUACGACCCCCAGGCCAUCCCGCCAGAGAACUCCUCCUUCCUGGAGAGGAACUUCUGCUGCCGGUUCCGCUGCCUCCUCGACAACUCCUCCGGCUUCCUGGCCCUGAACUUCCGCGGCCGCCUGAAGCUCCUCCACGGUCAGAACCGAGUGUCGGAGAACGGGACUCUGGUUCCCCCGCAGCUCGCUCUGUUCGCCAUCGCCACGCCGCUGCAGCCGCCGUCCAUCCUGGAGAUCCGCAGCAAGACGCUCAUCUUCCAGACCAAGCACCAGCUGGACUUCACGCCCCUGGGCAUCGACACCAGGGGUAAAGUGAUUUUAGGGUACAGUGAGACAGAGCUGUGCAACCGGGGCUCAGGCUACAACUUCAUCCACGCUGCAGACAUGAUGUACUGCGCCGAUAACCACUUGAAAAUGAUGAAAACCGGAGAAAGCGGCUUCACCACCUUCAGACUGCUGAAGAAAGGGGGGUUGUGGUUGUGGGUCCAGGCCAACGCCAGGCUGGUGUUCAAAGGAGGGAAACCGGAUUUCAUCGUGGUGCGGCAGAAAGCUCUGACAAAUGAAGAAGGAGAGGAACAGCUACGUCUCAGACGCCUGCAGCUGCCGUUCAACUUCACCACCGGGGAGGCGCUGCUGUACGACAACACCCCGACCGUGGACAUGCCCGACAUGCCCGACAUGUGCUCCAGCCCCAAGCAGAGGAAAAUAGACGAGUUCUCCGUCAGCCCCAACUCCAUGCUGGGCUGCAUACUGAGCCAGGACCAGUCCAUCUACUGUGAACACAACACCAACUCCAUGAGCUCCCUCAACGACGCCGCCUUCAAGGACACGCACGCCACCGUCAGCGUGCCCGGAGACAUCUGGCCCCACGCUUCACCCAAACCUUCGGGCAAUCUGAUUAAGUCGGAGGCCAUGGUUCAGGACAUGAUGGAGACGCUGCAGCAGAUCCUCGGGGACAGCAGCGUGAUCGGCACGCUGGACGUGGAGCCGGAGGAGAUCAGGAGCUGGGAGACCAUGUUGCUGAGGAUGAGCUCCAACUCGUCUGAAAUGAGCGAGGACCUGAACGACAUCCUGAACAACGACAUCCUGUCGUACGUGGAGGAGCAGCUGCAGAAGGAGGGCGGGUUCAAGCUGCCAGAUCAGCUGGACAUCCCAGCCUCCUUCUCCACUCUGGACCACCCGAUCCAGAACCCCAGCCUCGCUGUGGAGCAGAACUUCGGGUGGCCCCUGGAGCCUCAGAGCCAGCUGAUCUCAAACGGAGGUCUGAUGAUGAACGGACAAACGGCGCCGGUCCUGGAGACGAUGAAACUCACCCACAUGGAUCUUCCUCAGUUGGGGUCUUCUGCUCUAAACGGCCCCACCCUUCAGCAGAUGGCCUCCCAGCAGAUGCUCCCCACGCCUGUCGGCCUCGGCAUCGUGGGCGCUCCGGUGACCUUCACCCCCUCGCUGGCGGACUCUCGUGUUCAGACACAGAACGAACUGAGGAGCUUGCAAGUCGCUGCCAAGGAGAACAACCUGGGAGCGUUCAGGCCGACCAAUCAGCUUCACCCAAACCAAGUGCCCAACCAGGUUCAGAUGAUGAUGCCCGGCGUGCCGAUCGGCCUCCAGGACCAAAGCGGAGACAGAAAGUUAAACCCUGUGUUCAACUUCCCGGGAAACCGAUGGAACUCCUCCGUCCAAAACUCCAACCAAGUCAACAGCUUUGCUCAGACUUACACCCAGAAUAUUUCAGAGGAGCCCGGUUUCCCUGCAGCUCCUCCCCCGUCCAGCUGCCUGCAGGGCCACUUUGCACUUCACACACACAACAGCGAGAACCAGAGACAGUCUUGGCAGCUGGAGCAGCAGCAGCAGCAGCUCAUGUCCGGUGGACGCCAACAAAUGGGCGCCCGCCUCAACCAAAUGUCAGGACUUCAGAGGAAUCCUCUUCCUGGAGUCGCUGCGCCACAAACCACUGUCAACGGCAGACCCGUGUUCAGGUCUCCAGAGACUCCCACUGGACCGUUUGCUGUUCAGCAGAACCUGGAGCCGCCGCCUCCUCUGGCCCCUUCGAGCAGUUGUAUGUUCGGUAACGCCCCCGUGUCGGUGCCGGUGAACGGAAUGCCCCUGGGUCAGGUGAACGCCUGCAAGCAGAUGAACGCAACCGGCAACAACCAGAUCCUCUCCAAUCCCGCCUGCUUCUACCAGGGAGGAGGCUCGGUGCUGGGCAUGCCGGCGUUACCGAACCCCGAUGAGGCGGCGCUGUCCUGCCAAAUGCCCGGCAGCCUGGACCUGAACGGCCUGUUGGUGCAGCAGCAGCAGUAUCUGAACUUCACUGAACAGACGCAGAUCAACAGCCGUCCAGUCCUCGGGAACAAAGGCUUCCCGUUCCCCUCGCUGCCCGGCGACACCUUGUACUACUCCGAGAACAAAUAGGGACGAGCCGCUCGCCACCCGGACCGAGAGCAAAACAAAAAGACUCCUGUCUCUAAACAUGAAACGGAAUAGACUGAAGAACAGAAACGUGCCCCUGGACAGGAGGAGGAGAGAAAACAGGACACGUCCCCCUCUCUCUUUUUCUUUAUUCUCCCAAUUAGGACAGAGUGAUGAAAGCUUUAAAAAUUCAAGUGUGGCUGAGGACGGCUGGUUUGUGGACGAGGAGGAGGAGACGUCUCCGGAGGACGGAAGAGAGUUUGUUUUCAUGGAAGAAGAAUGAAAUCUUUUCUUGGAGCUGAUUGGAUUGUACCAAAAAAAACUUCAUCAGUGAUUUGUUUUGUGCAAAGUUUGAGAAAUAGUACGUUUGGCAAAACACUGUCACAGGAUUGGCUGCAGCUCAGCUGUCGUCAGCCAAUCACCACACAGCACUUCUGAAUCGUCCCACUUGUUCUCAGUGUUGACCAAUGAGAGAAGAACUUCAGUAAAUUCACUGUGGCGGAGAGAAAAAGCAGCUAAUUCUGCCGACGCUGCGUGAACAGCGGGUGGUGUCUCUCCACAAGGGGGCAGCAGUGAGCCCGUUCUACACUCUGUGCAAAUUGGAGAUGUUUAAAGAUGAGAAAAGACUCGAAGGAGGAAGUAGAACUGGUUGCUUUGGGCGAAUGUUUCUCCGGUCUGGUCCCUGAGCUUCACUGUCCCACACACAGUGGAUCAGAUCAACCCACAGGUGGAGUCUCCUCCUGCUCUUCCUCUUUUCUACUUUCUCAGAAGGAUGAAAUGUGUUGACGUCUUCUUGUUUUGCUGUUUUUCAAAUUGCGUCUCGAUUUAGUUCAUUUCAACUCUUUACUGUCCCACUGAGGGAGAUUUGCUUUGCAGACAGGGUAUGUAUAAAUAUAUAUAUAUACACAUAUAUAUAUAUCUAUAAAAAAAGAAA